AUGCCGCGAAUCCGGGUCGACAAAUACGGGACAUGGCUCCGUCUGUUCAAAGGGCGACCAACACGGACUGCAUGGUCGUCCCCGUCGGCGUCUGCCCGCACCAAUUACAAUCGCAGGCGGCCUAGACCGGACGGGGAGGACUUCGAAGAGCAAAGUAUCCUGCGCAAGUUCCUCGAGAAUAGCGCGACGACGAUCGCUGCACUGCUUAUGCUUGGUGGCGCAGGGUACGGGUACCACGUCUUCUACAAGCGGCUUGUACUGCAGAAGAUCGAUAAUGCGUUUUCGCCGGGUUUCUCGUCACUAGAGCUUGCGGCGCUGGCGCAGCAUGGGUAUACGCUUGAAGAUGGGAUUGAUGAGGAGUUCCUUAAGUUCCGGAUUACGAGGCCGGAGCAGGCGCUUAUUGAUGGGAUUGUUAGCGGGAAGGUUAAAGGGAAUUACUAUCUCCUGUUCGGGGAGAAAGGGACGGGGAAGAAUUCGAUGUUGUUGGAGAGUAUGUCGAAGAUUCAUGGGCAUGGGAUUGGGAUGUUUGAAGCGCAUGGGGAUAUUGAGGUCUUUCGACUGCGAUUGGGCAAGGCGAUUGAUUAUGAGUAUCAUGAGGAUUAUAUUGGGGGGAUGUUCAAUAUUCGGGGUCCGAGGGAUUCGACGGCCCUGCUUGAUAUUGAGCGCGCGUUGAAUAAGCUGGAAAAGGUGGCGCUGAACAGGAAGAAGACGAGUGAUCUGCCGCUCGUCCUGAUUAUCAAUAACUUGCAUUAUCUGCCGGAUAAUACCGAAGGACAGCAGCUGCUUGACCUGCUUCAGCAACGUGCUGAGAUGUGGGCAGCCAGUGGUUUGGUUACACUUGUGUUCACCAGCGACCAAUAUCGCACGACCGAGAUGCUACGACUACAUGCAACGAGGCUGCAGGUGUUGAAUAUCCAGGAUAUACCCAAGGACAUGGCGAUUGCCUCAUUGCGCGCCUUUCGCCAGAGCACGUUUCGCGAAGACGUUCCUUCCAGCGUUCUGGACCAGGUGUAUAGACUUGUCGGAGGUCGCCUUAUUCAUCUCGAUCAAGUGGCGAGGUCAAAAGACAUGCUCAAAACGUGCCGCUCAAUCUGCGAGAAAGAAAAGCGGUGGCUGCUGUGUAAAUGCUGGAUUCUUGGGGCAGAGAUGGACGAUAAGGCUGAAGACCAGCAGGAUUUAUCGUCCGGCGCGAUGCUUCUAGGAAAAACUCUGGUAGAACUAGAGAAAGACCCCGAUCGAACGCACUACGUCUCUGGGCUACCAGGCAUUCCACUCCACAAGGCACAAGAACUCAUGACGCGCGCGGAUCUCAUCAAAGGACUGGACGAAAUGAACAUCAUUGCCAUCGACGCUGAUGCUGUCGUUCGGGCUGACUCCGUUCCCAUGCAGAACGCCUUUCGGACUGUAUGCGAGGAUCCUGAGUUCGAGGAGCAUCUGAAGGCCACCCUGGAUCGACUCGAUGAACUAGAAGGGCUUGGAAGGACGACAGAGCUGCGAUUGAAGGACUUUAUGGAUGGGGAGUAUGAGAUCCGAGUUCGUGGUGAUGGGAAGGAUACGUAUCUUUCUGUUGAGAAACCGCAAAACUAA